ACCGACCGCUGCAGCCUUUAUAACUGAUCGAUGAGGGUGAUCCCGAGCCCAUGUUCGAUCUUCUGAUCCGCUACGAUGCCGAUGUCAACGCGACUACCCCCGACAAGGACAACGAGCCCAUACUGUCGUAUUAUAUCAAGAGUAACGACACCGGAGGAGCUGAUGAGGCUAUCCGGCUGCUGCUCAAGAAGGGAGCAAACCCCCUGGCGGGUGAUCCCAUCCGUCGCGCUCCCCUGGCUACCGCGGCCCGUCUCGGCCAGUAUCACAUCGUCGAGCUCCUUCUGAACGCCAUGCCCGACGGUGGUUUGUCGUUAGCCCGACUCAAGCAAGUCGUGGACUCCCUGGAAUCGAGCUUACUCCGCCCGCACAGACCCAGAAUGAUGAGGAUGAUCGAGUGCUACCAUCAACGCAUGCGCUUCUCAAUGACGCCUGGGAAUGUCGAGCCUACAAAGAGAAAGAGAUCUUUGUCUACCCAGUUUAGAUCUAAUCGUUGAGCUUCAUUCCUCCUGACCUUGUAUACCCUUGGUUCAGC